AUGCGGGGAAUAUUCGCACAAUUAAUUCUACCUCUCGUCUUCAAAUUUUCCCUGGGGAAACCCAAUUUUCUUUUGAUUAUUGUUGACGACCUGCGCCCCGCCCUGGGCUGCUACUCCGAUUGGAAAGCCUUCACUCCGAACAUCGACAGACUCGCGAAAAAUGGGAUUACUUUUGAUAAAGCUUACGCACAGCAAGCGCUGUGUGCGCCGAGUAGAAACUCCUUCCUCACAUCCCGCAGGCCAGACACCCUCGGUCUCUACGAUUUCUACAGCUACUGGAGAGAGGCCGCGGGCAAUUUUACAACUCUCCCACAAUACCUGAAGGACCACGGCUACACCACAAUGUCAGUAGGAAAGGUGUUCCACCCAGGAGUCAGUUCGAACAAUUCGGACGACAGUCCCUACUCCUGGAGCCGAGAGGCCUUUCAUCCGUACACUAAUCGGUACAAAGACACUCCCCUCUGCACCUCAAACGACGACAGAUUACCCGCACGCAAUCUAGUGUGUCCAGUGGACGUUUCGUCAAUGCCAUUGGGAACUCUACCGGAUAUCGAGAAUUUCGAGGCUGCCAAGGAUUAUUUGAAUAAUUAUAAGAAGAAUAUCACGAAGAUUAACGGGGAGAAACCAUUUCUCUUGGCACUGGGGUUUGAAAAACCUCACAUACCCUUGAAGUAUCCCAGAGAAUACUUGAGACAUCACUGCCUGGACAAAUUCACACUGAACGAUUAUUAUUGGCCUGAUAACAUCAGCAGUGUUGCGUACAACCCCUGGAUCGAUCUACGGAAGCGAGAGGACGUGAAGAGGCUGAAUCUGACGUUUCCCUGGGAGAGAAUACCAGAAAAUUUUGGAAAGAAAAUAUUGCAAUCGUAUUAUUCAGCCGUUUCGUACGUAGAUGAGUUGAUCGGGGGAGUGAUGGGAGAGCUGAAGGCAUUGGGACUUCAUGAUAAUACUGUUGUCAUAUUAACGUCUGAUCACGGAUGGUCUCUAGGUGAACAUUCUCAAUGGGGAAAAUACAGUAACUUCGAGGUAGCUGUCAGAGUCCCCCUGAUCGUGUCCCUCCCCAAUAGCCACCAACAAAGAAUGAAACUAAAAACGAAUGCAAUAGUUGAACUAGUGGAUUUAUUCCCCACAAUCGCUGAGUUAUCUGGCAACCCUAUAGAGCCGUGUCCCAAAAAUCGCUCUGAAAUCAUCUGCAGCGAGGGAAUCAGUUUUGUCCCCGUUAUCAACGCAAUUUCCCGCAACAAGACUAUAAAGUGGAAGAGAGCUGCAUUCAGUCAAUAUCCACGACCUGGUGUAUCACCAACGUGGUCACCAAACAGUGAUGAGCCACGUCUUCAGCACAUCAGAAUAAUGGGCUACACAAUGCGUACAAAAAUCUAUCGUUACACAGCAUGGAUUAAAUUUGAUAAUCUCAGAAUGACGAGUGAUUGGAAUAAACUGAUUGCUGAUGAGCUCUACGAUCACAGGGUAGAUCCCCACGAGAUGACAAAUCAAGCAAACAAUACUGAUUAUCUAAAAACUAAAAUUAAACUGAAGAAACUGUUGAAGAGUGGAUGGAAACGAAGUUUGCCUCGAUAUUUUUCCCAAUAGACAAUCGAUAGCUCAUUUAUUUCAUUACAUUUACGAUGAAAAUAAUGAAAAUAGAAAAAAAAACUAUGAUAAUUGAUAAU